UUUACGUGAGGCGACGGCUCCCGUGUCCUGGCGGAGAAGAUGGCGGCUCCUGGUCCAGGGGAGUAUUUCUGCGUCGGGAGCCAUGUCUCCUGCAUCACCUGCCUGGGGCAGCGCCUGCAAGGAGAGGUCGUCGCUUUUGACUACCCUUCCAAGAUGCUGACUUUGAAAUGUGCCCCGUCCAGCGGUAAACCCAAUCUCAGCGAUGUGGUGCUUGUUAACUUGGCCUACGUGUCGGAUGUGGACAUUAUCAGUGACCGCACUGAAACUCCUCCCCCUUUAGCAUCUCUCAAUUUUAACAAGCUUGUAAAUAGAGCACGGGCAGAAAAGGAAGACAAGUUGUCGCAAGCUUAUGCAGUUAGUGCUGGUGUAUCUGUAGAGGGCCAACAGCUGUUCCAGACCAUUCAUAAAACCAUCAAAGACUGCAGGUGGCAGGAGAAAAACAUAAUGGUGAUGGAUGAUGUUGUAAUCAGUCCGCCAUACCAAGUGGACAACUGUAAAGGCAAAGAGGGCAGCGCUUUAAGCCAUGUGCAGAAAAUAGUGGAGAAACAUUUUCGAGAUAUGGAGAGCCAAAAAUCAGUGCAGCAUUCACAGCAAGCUCAACAAACACAGAAAGACUCUGCUUUAUCAUCAUGAGCACAGGUUCAGAAAUCGGGAAUGUUAUGCUGACAAAGGAAGUUUUGUUUGUUUUAAAUUGUUUUUUUUUUUUUUUUUUAUAACCGAUAGCUGAUACUCAGCGUUUUGAGCAGGGAUGACGGUCCUACACAUCUGAAGAGAAAAACUGCUUCCACUGACAAAAGAGAGGGCAAAAAAUAGAGUGCCGUUUUAGAACAUGUCAUGUAGAAAACAUUGAACAUCCCUUCCAACGUCACCCCCCCCCCAAUCCCAUUCUGCUUGAUUUCCUUGUUUUUUUUCCCCCUCCUGUCAUCAAAUAACCCAUUUGUUCAUUUCAUCUUGCUUGUAUAGCCCAACAAAGAAAUCACAUUUUCUCGUCUAAUCCAUAAUCUUCCUUCCAAUACUAAAUGUGGCACUAAGUGUGUGAAGGUAGAACAAAAACUUUCAGACUGGUUAAAUACAGUUUGAUUUCCUUAGCACACAUGCUGGGUUUAUUCUUGGUUUUUAGUUUUAGAUUGACUGAGAGCUGAAGGUGGAGUAAGGGGAAAUUGUACUGCACUUAGCAUCUACCCAACAUCUCAUUUUUCCAAACCUUUUUUUUUUUUAAAUAAAACUCCCUUGUUUUACUUUUAAAUGUCACUUUUUAAGUGAUAGACGAAGGGGUAACACUCUUGAGUACUGUAAACAUCCUUUCAGUUUACGUCUAAUAUAUUAUGUUGUAAUUUUCUUCCAUAUUUGGUCCUUGCCAUUUUGAAUACCUCUUCCAUAUUGGGACCAUUUUCUAUGAUGCAAUGUUUGUAUUAUUGUUAUUAUUUCCGAACACAUCCAUACUGGAAGGGUACAUUCAGUGGUCGAUGAGAGACUCGCAUUUCUUCGUUGUUGCAGCUUCGGUAUGUGUGUCAGUGUUAGACAGCUCAUCUCUCGCGACAGGACUGAUCUCUUUUCUGAACGGGAAUAUUUGUAAUCACCUUUUUGGGAAAAGGAAAUGUUAAAGCGAUAUCUUGCCAUGUUAAGAUACUAGGACGGGGGGAUUAAGGGGUGGUCUGCACCGGUUCAGAGCCGAAAUCCUCCCGGUCCCAGCCUCGUACCCUGUAGCCUGAUGGAGGCUCUAGCAAUGGCGCCAAGCUGUGACGGGCUUCCGCGUUGCAUAGCAGUUUAUAUCGCUGUGUUAACGGGGUUGCUGUUUGCCUAUAGGUUUCUUUCGCAGUAUUUUAUUUUUAAAUAGUAAUGAAGAAAUAAAAAAGGGAAAAAGCUCA